UUGAAGUUCAAGAUAUAUUUCAUGAAUCAGCUUUUGUGCCCAGAAACAUGAAAAGUUUCACUUUUGCUCUACUUAUCUUUAUUUUAAUAAUAUUUCUUCAUUCUGUUCGUGGAGGUGAGGACCCGACACAUUCACGUCGAGUACCAAGCAUUAGAGGGAUGAGCGAGCGUGAAGCAACUAUUAAUCUUCAACUUGCAAGAGAUGAGCGGCAACGUAGACGUCGAACAUCAAGCCAGCAGCAACAUACGGAAAUACAUCAUAAUCCAGCGGCUAAUUCAUCUAGUACAAGUUCUGAAAACCAACAUGAAGUCAUUGAGAGGCCACGCCUUGCUCGAAUAUCAGUAGAACAGCGAUACGAAGAUUACAUGUCAGCAGCCACGCCAAACAGGCGCAAUAUCAACCCCUAUGUUUCAAGGUCUAACCACCGUUCUUCCAAUCCUAACUAUCCACAAAUUAAAGGACAUUUAUGA